CUGGAAUACUGUGGUGCAGUGAGAUUUUUUGUAAAUGUGUCAUCUUUGAUAUUUUUUUUCUUCAAAAAGGGUGGACAGAUAAAAAAUAUAUUUCUUGUUGUAGUCUUCAAUGGAUGUGAACAUAGGAAGUACACAGGAAAUACAACAUAGAUUCUGGCAAGGCAAGUUGAGCAAUUUCCUCUUGACUAAUGCAAUGAUGAAAAAUAUAAGAAUCCUGCAGAGUGGACACAAGGAGUUUUGCCUGCUGUGUGAUUAAUCAUGGAUGACUUGUACACAGCCCAAAUGGAUAACACUUUGAAUGUUACUACAGCUUUUCAACCAACUUUACCCUUGAUCUACACCAGCCAAACUCAUGUUGAAGUCAUUGCUUCCCUGACCAUUACCAUUGGAAUACUGGGCAUUGUUGGGAACUUAAUGGUGUUCCUGGCGGUUGCUCUCUCAAAGGGUCUCCAGAACUCCACCAAUGUCUUUGUGGUGAGUCUAUCAAUAUCUGACUUCAUUUCCGCCAUUACUCUGCCAUUUCAAGGUGCUUCAGUGCUCUCCGAGUCUGGCUGGCCUUUCAGGAAAGGACUGUGUUCCCUCGUGGGAGCCUUAUUCAUCUGGACAAACUCAACCAGCAUCCUGACUCUAACAGCCAUUGCAGUCAACCGUUAUAUCGUCAUCACUAAGACUAAGAGAGUUCAGCAGAGGAUCUACACACACUGUGGAAACAUCUUCAUGGUAGCACUGCUAUGGAUGUUUCCAUUCCUGGUUUUGGUGACUCCUCAGCUCAUUCCUGCAACAGGUGAUAUAGUGUAUGAUCCUGUCUUCAGGUCGUGUAUCUGGGAUUUGGAACAUCCUUUAGCCAUUGUGUUUCAAAGCAUAGGCUCGGUUAUCUUCAUCAGUUGCUCCAUCAUCAUAGCCUACUGCUACGCAGCAAUCUAUCGCUGUGUCCGAAGACAUGUCAAGAAGACAGGAAACACCCUCAGAGAAUCAAGUGAAAACUUAGAAAUGAAAGAUCAAACCAACAGAAAGAUGCCAUCGAAAGGCCCAAGCAUCAAGCAAAUCAACAUCACCAAGAACUUGGCUGUGAUUGUAGUGGUAUUCUUCAUCUGCGUUCUGCCAUAUACCCUAAACCUGUUUGCAUCAAUGUAUGGCUUAUACACAGCCUACCUAGCUGUUCUUGUGGUUCUUCCCAAUUGUUUGAACCCAAUGAUCUAUGCAGCAAGGCACCCUCGAUUCAAGGUAGUCUUUAAAUGCAUGUUAACCUGCAGGUUCUGGGAUAUCCCUCAUCCUUCUGAAUGGCUCAAAGCUCUUCUUCAUAACACAGGUUCUGCCAAUAGAACUACACAGUCCAGCUCUACAGUUUGAUUAUCAGUCAGAUUAAAUCAAGCAAUUUAAUCUGUUGCUGACUGGAACUGAAUGAUUCCUGUAUAAAGCCUAUUAAUGAGAAUUGCUGAAUUCAGUUGUCAACCGGAUAACAAAUGUUCCUUCCACUUCUCAACACACAGGAUUUCACAAUGACUUUCCUGAUUCCACAGCAUUUUGAAUAUAUAUAGUGAAACUUAAUUUAACCCAUUGAAUAACCACUGUACAAAGCUUAUAGAAAUAAAAAAAAUUUAGAAGUCAACGCUUAGAUCAUGACUUUUGGGGUUGGGUGUCAAUUUCUACAUCUUCAACCUGAUGUCAUCCUGGCAAACCAGCUUUUCUUCUCAACUUUGCCAUCCCUGAAGGCUCUGUCACAUCGUUCUGUGCCUUGCGUGUGACUAUUUAUGCUACCCAUAGGUCGCCUGCAUGAACAGUAUCUCACACACGUUGCCCGCAGAAGUACACGCAAGUCUGAUUUGCGCACAGAAAAGUUUUGAACAUGCUCAAAACUUUUUUGCGGGUGAGUUGCAGGUGAUUGACCGCAACUCAUCCACAAGGCUUGCACGGAACAAUGUGACAGGGCCAUUAACUAAUCUGAAUAUUGGUCAUAGUAUCAUAGUAAUUCCUUAAUAAUGGGUAGUUGUAAGAAAUCAUAAGACUUUGACAAGAAAAUCAGAUUAUAUUUCUUCAAAGCCAAAUUCAUCAUGCUCAUCCAAAAUAUGGUGUAUUAAACAAUGAAAUGCAUAUCAAGUUUUCUAUGUCAUUGAUUUGGUACUCUAUACACACAAUCUGGAAAUACAUGUAGGUGAUGUCUGCACCUAUUACAUACUUCAUACAGAAUACCCAUAUGUCCAUACCAUUUCAAAAUGCAAGAGAUGGUUACAGCUAAUGGUACUUACUUAUCGA